AUGGACUUUCUUGAGCUAAAGCAGGAAAAUAUGACGCUCACCGAUUAUGAGCAAAAAUUUGAGGAGUUAUCUAUUUUUGCCCUAUACCUGGGUGUUGAGAAGGCUCAAGUAUACACCUUUGAUGAUGACCAGACUGGUGAAAGUAGUAAGCACCAGAUAAGAUGUGGCAAGCCAAGACACAUCGUCGAAGACUGCAUUGAGGGACAAUCUAAGAAGGCUGAAAAUCAAAAAGGAACUACACACUCAUUUGUUUCUUCGAUAUUCUUUUCAAAAUCGAAUAUAGAAUGUGUACCCCUUGAUAACAUAUUAGAAGUAUCACUAUCAUCUGGAAAGGUCCUUAAUGCAAAUUAUAUAGCGAGGAACCUAAAUUUAGAAAUGGAUGGGAAGAUUACAAAAAUAGACUUAGUGGUCCUAGACAUGAAAGAUUUUGAUGUUAUACUUGGGAUGGACAGGUUGUCGAAAAAUCAUGCAAGCAUUUUGGUGCAUGCUGUACGCUUGUUGAAAAAGAAGUCAGCUCAAGGAUUCUUAGUGUCAUUGACCAGCACUAAUCAGAAGGAGUUAACCAUUGACGAAGGCCCAUUGGUUAGGAAUUUUUUUGAUGUAUUUCCAAAAGAUUUACUAGGAAUGCCUCCAAAUAGAGAGGUUGAGUUCACUAUUGACUUUGUACCUAGUGCCACGCCAAUUUCGAAGGCCCGUUGUCGUAUGGCACUAGUAGAACUUCAAGAAUUGAAAGUACAAUUGCAAGAAUUACUAGACAAAGUUCUUGGUGAUACCUUUGGCUUGACAAAUGCGCUAGCUAUCUUUAUGGAUCUUAUGAAUCGAGUCUUCCAAUAUUGUUUUGAUCAGUUCGUUAUCAUCUUCAUUGAUGACAUACUAAUCUAUUCAAAGAAUGAGCAUGAACAUAUGGAACACCUAAGGAUUAUUCUCGAAAUAUUGAGGAAGGAAAAGCUCUAUGUAAAAUUCAAAAAGUGCGAAUUUUGGCUCAAUAGAGUGGGAUUUCUAGGCCACAUAAUUACAGCCCAAGUAACUGAAGUUGACCCAAAUAAAGUGGAAGCAAUUAAUGAUUGGCUUCAACCAACUAAUGCUAGAGAAGUACACAGCUGCUUGAGAUUAGCAGGUUACUAUACGCAAUUUAUUGAAGGGUUUUCAAAGAUUACCAUCCCAAUGACUCAGUUAACGAGAGAAAAUGUGAAGUUUUAA